AUGUACCGCUGGUAUCAAGAAGCCGAAGUCUGUCUCGCUUACCUGGCCGAUGUACCGUCUGGAAAGCUGAGCCUACAACGAGCCAUGGCAAACCGCAUCGGGAUACCAUCGGUGCUUUUUGCCGGGGAGAGUGAUAUUGAUGGCUUCAGUGUCGCUCAGAAGAUGAUGUCAUGGGCAGCUGGAAGGGAAACAACAAGAGUCGAGGGUUGUGUCUACAGUUUAUUGGGAAUAUUCGAUAUCAACAUGCCGCUAAUGUAUGGAGAGAAGAAAAAUGCUUUCAUCCGACUACAAGAGGAAAUAAUGAAGAUCUCGGAUGAUCACAGUCUGUUCGCAUGGAAGUCAUUGGACACUCGCGGUGGGCUUUUGACAACUUCCCCGGACGCGUUUAUUAACUCUGGCAACAUCCUUGGAUUUAUGCCGCCUGGAAGCCUAGGCAACAAUCCCUUGACUGCCAGCGGCCGCGGAAUUCACAUAGAGCUUCGUUUUAUCGGUAUCGGUCUUAAUUGUCGACAAAAAGAGGUCGAGGAGAAACCCAUCGCUAUCCAUCUUCGAAAUCGCCUGUUCGGUACGGUAUGA